AUGCAUGCGCAGGUCAGCAGGACAGCCUUAACCCCGUUCCUCAUUGAAGCAUCUCAAGAAAUCCACGCGCAAAAGGAAGAUGUCACUCAUCUUGUCUCAGUCGCAUCCCAACACCCCUUCUACAAGUAUCACCACAUCUGGAGUCGCGAGUUGCAGAAUCUGGUAUUCACCAUCCAAUUCUGCGCAUGGCUAGGUGGCUUGCAGGAUGCGCGGGAUGAGAAAGCAAAGGGCUUCAUGACGAUUGAGGAGGUUGGGCAGUUUUUGGGUGUCCCCGUCAACCUCAAGGACCAAGAUUCCUUCCACCUAUCCAUCGAAGACUAUUUGCAAGCCUUGAUAUCGCUCAUUGAGGAGCUGAGCCGGCUAGCCGUCAACUCGGUAACGCUGGGAGACUACUCUCGUCCGCUACAGAUUAGCAAGUUCGUCUCGGACCUCUUUGCCGGCUUCCAGCUGCUGAAUCUGAAAAACGACAGUCUGCGUAAGAGGUUCGAUGGGAUUAAAUAUAACGUUAAGAAAGUCGAAGAUGUCGUGUAUGACCUGGCUCUCCGAAAUUUGAUCCCCAAGCCAUCUGCAGCUGGGAAUGAGUGA